AUGGACACCUACUGCAAGGAGAUCCGCAAGCUCGAGGCCCACUUCUACGGCCUAGAAUUUCAUCAUGUCCUCCGAGACUACAACGUGGCAGCUGAUGUACUCUCCAAGCUGGGCUGCAAGCGGGCACUCGUCCCGGCCGGCAUCUUCGUGCAGGCUCUCAACUCCCCCACUGUCAAGAUCGAGGAGGAACCUCCUACCAUGCCUGAACUAGUGCCAGCCCUAGGCCAAGAUGUACUAGUUGCCGAUCUAGAUUGGCGAUCCCUGAUACUCGACUUCAUCAUCAACAAUAAGUCCUACCUGAAGGACAAGGAGCACGAGCGACUCGCCUGCCGAGCCGCAAGCUACGUUGUCAUCGGAACCAAGUUGUUCAGGCACUCGGCAUCUUCAGGAACCCUCUCCAAGUGCAUCUCCCAGUCAGAUGGAGUCCGAAUCCUCAGCGAGAUCCACUCAAGAAUUUGCGGAAACCACGCAGGAGCUUCCACCCUGGUGGGCAAAGCUUUCAGGUCAGGCUUCUAUUGGCCGACGACCAUGGCCGACGCUCAAGCCAUCGUCAGACGAUGCCCAGGAUGUCAGUUUUUCUCAAAGCAACAGCAUGUUCUGGCUCAGGCUCUGCGAACGAUCCCUCCAUCCUGGCCAUUCGCCUGCUACGGACUCAAUUCGGUGGGACCCCUGAAAACAGUGCAAGGCAGCUACACCUUCAUAUUCGUCGCCAUCGACAAGUUCACCAAGUGGAUCGAGGUGAAGUCGGUCUCCGCCACGACAGCAGCCAAGGUAGCCGAGUUCAUCCAGGAGAUAAUGCACAGGUUCGGAGUGCCCAAUCGGAUCAUCACAGACCUGGGCACCUCCUUCACCGGAUCCGAAUUCUGGGACUUCUGCCAGGAAAGCUGCAUCGACAUGUACUAUGCCUCUGUGGCCCACCCAAGUGCAACGGCCAGGUGGAACGCGAUAAUUGUCGGGUACCACGAUUAG